UGCCAUCGAACUUCCUGUGGAAGAACAUGGGUCUCAUUGGGUCUCAUCAAUUACGCAUGCGCAGUUUAACCUUUCUGCAUAAUCAAUCAACAAACAAUGCUCAAGGACUUGACAUAAUCGAGCCGGCUGCCAUCGGCAUUCAAUAAUUAAUAUCAAUUGGCGGCAAGCCUCUCUCACUUUCAAUCAGUAGAACAUAUGCCCUAGAGGUUCAGUACUCCUCUAUCCGCUCAAUUGGUUAGCGAUUUCUUUUACAGAGCGAUCAGCCACAAAACAACAAUUAUGAUUGGUCUUAAAAAGCAUAGAGCAUUUUUGGAACGACUUCGAUGGACCUUACGGGCCCAGCACGUGUUCGGAGUGUCCUCACUAAUUGUCGACAAGCGGGGUAAUGUUAGGUCGGGCAGUCCGGCUCCAAAGUUUAUUUUGGCAAUGUUGGGACUGGCCAUAUCGUUGGCGGUAUGGUUCAUCUUAUACCACAACGAGUCACCGGUCAUAUGCCGAUCGAAAGCAAACCAGGUCAGGCUAUUUUAUUACUUUGUCAUCAUUGAAACGCUGGUGGCGAUUGCGUUCAAUGUGAUAUGCACCAUCAGAAUAGCCUGGCCUGCAUCGCAACACUCACUGGCGCAGUGUUGGGCACAGUUGAUAGCAAAGGUACAGGAGAUCCAAAUCAUGUUCCAGUGCAGUAUCGAGUCGAAGCGUCCGUUUCAAUUAUUUUGGCUGUGGAUAGCUGUGCUGUCCGCAGCGUACGGCUUUCUGCUCACGUUCAUGGUCCUCACCUCGAAAGUGCUUUUUGUAUCACAAAUUAACCAUUUAAUUUUAUAUGGUUUGCGAAUAUACGCAUACCUGUCGGACACAACCGUGUGUGCCUCGUUUGGAUUAUUCGCCCUGCUGCUGAGAAUUCUGAUUGUUGAAAUGCGACAAUUGGUGCGAAAAACCACCAUCAAUGAACAGCAGCUCCGAUCCAUGAUACAGCUGUAUCGGCACAUUCUGCAAAUCAUUGAAAGUUUUUGCGCAGUGUACGGUUGGGUGUUGAUAUUGAUUUUUUUCGAACAUUUCCUGAUCCUCACGGAUCGAUCCUUUUUUGCAAUACGCAUGUAUCGCAUGCCGAUGGGAUUUUCCAUUCAGCAGGUACUGUCGAUGAUGAUGACUUGGGUGUUUCCGUUGGCGCUGAACGACAUGUUGCUAGUUGGCGCGUGUACAGCAACGGAAAAAGCACUGCAGCAGUUUGAGCAGCAACUUUGUGAGGUUGGCAAAAUGGCAAACGCACAAAAUGUGGAGUGUGAGCAAAUGAUCACUAGUUUCAGCCUGUACGUGGCAGAGCAGAAGCCAAAAUUUCGCAUUCUGAAAUCAAUCAAUUUAAGCUUUAAUUUGAUCUAUGCGAGCUGCGGAGUUAUUGCCACGUAUUUGACAGUGUUUCUACAGUUUGACAAUGGAGACUCUAUCUGAGCAUUGGCCUGAGAAGAUUAAGGAGGGAAAAAAAACGAAAACAUGGUUGUAACG